AUGGUUGUGUAUUUGGGAUCUAGUUUCAUCCAGGAAGCUUUACGCAGAGCCAGAGAGCUGACAGACGCCGCGUACGCUCACACCAAUGACAGAGUGAAGACGUCCGUAUCAGACGGUUCUGUCAGACCCAGUGAUCUGAUGGCCUUGUUCAAACAAACCGGCCCCAAAACCAGAACCCACGUCAGAUCUGCUGAGUUUCUGGAUAAUACGGUAGAGUUGAUUAGAGAGCUGGUUUACACACACUCCAUGGACAUACCCGACCUCACCGAGCUUUUAAGUGCAGAAGACAUGGAGACCAUACUGCAGGUUACAGGCUGUUCCUCUGAGACACUGAGACCCGUGUGUAAAUCUGACUGUCUGUCCAAACGUUACAGUACCAUCUCAGGACACUGCAACAACAGAGGAAACCCUCAAUGGGGGGCAGCAAACACCCCUUACGCCCGCUGGCUGUCACCGGAUUAUGAGGACCCUCGAGGGGCCCCCAGGGGCUGGAACCCACAACACACCUACCACAACCACACACUACCACCUGAAGCUUUACGCAGAGCCAGAGAGCUGACAGACGCCACGUACGCUCACACCAAUGACAGAGUGAAGACGUCCGUAUCAGACGGUUCUGUCAGACCCAGUGAUCUGAUGGCCUUGUUCAAACAAACCGGCCCCAAAACCAGAACCCACGUCAGAUCUGCUGAGUUUCUGGAUAAUACGGUAGAGUUGAUUAGAGAGCUGGUUUACACACACUCCAUGGACAUACCCGACCUCACCGAGCUUUUAAGUGCAGAAGACAUGGAGACCAUACUGCAGGUUACAGGCUGUUCCUCUGAGACACUGAGACCCGUGUGUAAAUCUGACUGUCUGUCCAAACGUUACAGUACCAUCUCAGGACACUGCAACAACAGAGGAAACCCUCAAUGGGGGGCAGCAAACACCCCUUACGCCCGCUGGCUGUCACCGGAUUAUGAGGACCCUCGAGGGGCCCCCAGGGGCUGGAACCCACAACACACCUACCACAACCACACACUACCACCUGUCCGCAGCGUGUCGCAGGAGGUUCUGUACACUCAUAACGAGAACAUCUCUCUGGACAUGUCUCUGUCUCAUCUGCUGGUGGAGUGGGGUCAGUGGAUCGAUCAUGACCUGACCUUGACCCCUCAGAGCCCCAGCACAGCGGCCUUUAAGACCGGAGCGGACUGCACACGCACCUGCAGCAGAGAUACGCCGUGUUUUCCAAUACAGAUCCCUCUCUCCGAUCCUCGCACAGGGACUCAGAGCUGCAUGCCGUUUUUCCGCUCUGCUCCCAGCUGUACGGUUCCACUCGGUCACCGGGAGCAGCUGAACGCUAUAACAGCAUUCGUGGACGCCAGCAUGGUGUACGGUAGCUCGGAUGGGCUCAGCGUGGCCCUCAGAAACCUCUCGUCCCCUCUCGGCCUGCUCGCCGUCAACCAGUUCCACUCAGACCAAGGGCUCGGCUUCAUGCCCUUCCUGACACGCACGCAGAUGAACCUGGACCCCUGCGGCCCACGAGAGCGGAUCGACCACAUCCCGCUAUCAGAGACAGCGCAAAGACUCAACAUAUCCAUGGGGAACAGAUCGUUCUGUUUCCAAUUGAUGAGCUGUUUUUGUGUGCGUGUCUCAGGUGACUCUCGGGCCAAUGAGCACUUGGGUAUGAUCGCUUUGCACACACUCUUUCUGAGAGAACACAACCGAUUGGCUGAGGAGCUUCACAAGCUCAACCCACACUGGAGCCCGGACACGCUGUACCAGGAGGCCAGAAAAAUACUGGGCGCAGUCCACCAGAUCUUGACAUGGGAUCACUACUUGCCCCGCGUCCUGGGCCGCAGUGCUAACCUGGCCCUCAUGCCCCCGUACAAAGUUUACGACCCCGCAGCUGAUCCCAGCAUCUCCAACAUUUUCUCCACCGCUGCCUUUCGGUUUGCACACGUAACCGUGCAUCCGGUUGUGAACCGCCUCGGACCUGAUUACCGGUUGAGCCCUGAGCACCCGGCUCUGCCAUUACACCACUCUUUGUUUGCAUCCUGGAGAGUCGUGCAAGAGGGUGGCAUUGAUCCUGUGCUGCGUGGUUUGCUGUUGUCCCCGGCUAAACUGCAGACAGCAGAUCAGAUGAUGGUGGAGGAACUGACCGAGAGGCUCUUCCAGGCUCAGGGAGGGCUGCCGCUCGACCUGGCGGCGUUAAACCUGCAGAGGGGACGAGAUCAUGGCCUACAAGGUUACAGUGUGUGGCGAGAGCUCUGCGGUCUCUCCGCACCUGUGAAUGAGUCUGAUUUAGCAGGCAUUCUGGGUAAUGGAGUUCUGGCCAGGAAGCUGCUGCAUCUCUAUGGAACAGCUAAGAACAUAGACGUGUGGGUCGGGGCCAUUUCAGAGCCGGCUCUGCCCGGGGGCCGCGUGGGGCCCCUGCUGGCCUGCUUGAUCGCCAAACAGUUCAAAGCACUCCGAGACGGGGACAGGUUCUGGUGGCAGAAUGAAGGUGUGUUCAGCUCCGCUCAGAGAGACGCGCUGCGCACCACAUCUCUGUCCCGCAUCAUCUGUGACAACACACACAUCCGGCUGGUGCCCUUUGACCCCUUCGCGCACACACUCCACCCCGACGACCUGCUGCCCUGUGCACGCAUCGGCCACAUGAACCUCUCAACCCGGUCUGUGGCGCGGUCCCGCGGUUGA